UGUUUGUUGACACGAGACGCAUCAUGGCCGGGGUCAAGUUGCAAUGGAAGAGGUAGGCAUCACCGUCUUGAUGCUGGACUCCUUGAAAGGUGCAACAGGGAACAGCAGCAGAAUCUUGAGCCUUGUGCGAAAAGCAGAGCAAAGCCACAGUGGCGGAGAGCUUUGCGCGGUGUAUGCUGCGGCCAUUGAUGCUUACAGCUGUCCGAAGGCCACUCAAGAUGAAGAAUAUCGCGAACUUUGUGUCAAGUACAUGCUUGAGCUCUGCCAUGUGGAUGUGAAUGAAGCUCGCGAAUUUCACAAUCGCCAGAGAGCUUUCGGUGUAACCAGUGAUGCCCGGAUGUAUGCGGCGCGUGCCUCCCUGGAAGAACGUGAAGGAGACGAAAAGAAGGCCAUGAAGAUUCUUCAGGAAGGGAUUCGCGCUGGGGCUCAACCUGCUGAACUUCUAAAGAAGCAGAUGGACAGGCUGCAGAGACAGGAAACGACUUUCCAGCAAUCAAAGGAAGAUCGUGCCAUGCAGACAGAAGUUGCUGGUCGCAGCAUUUCGAUUCAGACUGAAGGUACACUUCGGCCAAGAUCUAUGGCUUCGCUGACAUUUUUCCGUCGAUUGGAGCGAAUUCAACGGAAUUGCUGCCUCUUCGACGUUUUUGGUGCAUGGAAAGAUUUGCGGGACGCCGCAGUCCAAAGAAGACAACAGGCGUUGUUCGAGUCUCUGCGUGAGCAGCUGGAUGUGGCGAAGCGUAAAACGCUUGCAGCAGACGCGUGCUUGAAGUCUUCAGGUCGGAAUGGACCUCACGUAGCAUGGCUUCCAGUCUCCUUCAGGCUUUGGCGAUCUUCCAUGGAACUCUCUCGUCAGCGACAGAGGUUAGCUGAUGCUGCAUUCCAAGAAGAGCUUCGACGGCGCGUUUUCAGAGUCUUGCUGGCAUGGAGGAGCACCUGUCUCAGCUUCUGCGCAAGACAGACAGAGGAAAGGUUGGCUGCGCCACUGGAAGCGCUUCCGGCUCUGUCGGAAGUUCCAAUACUGGACAGUUUGUUGAUUGACCUCCAAGCACCUCAAACUCUGCGUUCGCCAUUGCGAAGCAUGGAGAGCAACGUAGAUCCUGGAAGUGGAGAUGAACCAAAAAGGUUGCGAGGGCCACAAAGGUUCUCUUACGACACUUCCAGCUACGCUGGUUGCGCUAGAUACGGUGGACCAAAAAAAGCUGUAGAAUCCAGGGCGAACAAGAAAGAGAAUGUCGCUGUGUGCACUGCAAGGACUAGGAAUUAGUUUUAAAA